AUGAUUAAGUCUCAUGCACAGAGUUUGCCCAAUGAAGCACCAAAGAGUCCAUCUCAAACCAGUGUCUCCGUGCAUGAGCAAUCAAAACCACUCUCACGUCACUGUCAACACUGCGAUGCCGUCGGAGACCUGCUACAUUGUGUUGGCUGCAGAGCGGUACGUUAUUGUAGCAAAGAGCACAAGAGAGCAGACUGGGCUUCCCAUAAGAAGUAUUGCAAGCCGGUUCGCAAAGCCAGAAAAAAGAUGGCCCGAGAGGAGAAGAAGCUACGUGGAACAUCAGGGCAUAUGCUCGGGCCAGCCAAUGUCUUCGAGGAACAUGUAGGCAAUUUCUGGGACAUCGACAGUACUCGGCCGUACAUGCUGGCCCGCAGUGACCUGACUUUUGCUAUCAUGGAAAUCAAGUCGUAUGACGCCGUGCUGUUAGCCCUUGGUCACAUCGAGGAUAUGCUCCGGCUGUGUCGUAGUGAUAAUUUAGGUAUGAGGGGCUGGGCGCCUGGCCUGAUGUUACGACUAGCAAAGGAUCAGGAAUGCUACGAUUUCAUGAAGUGGUGGGUCACAACGGGCACUAGAUACGACUAUGACUGGGGAAUUCCGAGUCUACCUUUUCUAGACGUGAAAAACGCGAACAUGCUCGAACCCAUUGACGAAUUCGACGAGCUAUUCCCUUCACUCACAUGGCUCGUCUCUCUGACCCUUCUAAAGAUAAAGAUGUUGUUCGCCGUUAAGGCGGCUGCAUAUGGCAUUAAGAUACUGCACGAGAAUACCAAAUUGCCCCUUGAACUUAUUUACCAGGUUCAAUCUCUAGUCUUGCACGAUUCAACGCGAGGUCACGCCAACUCGAAGGCGAGGAUCGAAGAUGUCGAGAAAACGCUGGUAUCUCAGCUUAGUACACUAUACAAAGCUGUAGCUAAAGCCAACAAGUACUUUUGGGAGGCUUUGCUGGAACCUGAUAACUUGUGGGACGAAAAGCCAGAAUACCAGAGCGCCGGUAGCAUUGAAGAGACCAUGAUCACGCUGAAGGAAUCCUAUGCUGCAUGGGAGGAGACUCCUGGGGCUUUGGCAUUCGUCGAGAGUAUUCGUAAUGGCACACCGUGGUGA